UCCAUAGUUUUCAAUUGUUUUGUCUAAAUGUUUUUCCACGAGUAAAGUAUUCAAUCUUCUCUAAAGUCAAAAUUUUUCACCUAACCGUUUAUAUUGCAAGAAAAUAAACUAAUAUAACGAGUAAUGAACACGUAUCGGGUUUGUUCCGAAUUUAUUCGCUAGUAUCUUUGUCAUCACUUUCACUUUACGCGUUUGCUGUAAUAGUGGUUCUAGUGCGAAAGAAAUACAGCGCCAUGGAUGACACCAUGUCGACCCUAACGAAAAUGACCCGCACGGUUAAGAAACUUGAAGUGCCUAGACCUUUGAAAUCAACCACCAGUUCCGCUCAUAAUCGCAACUCAGUAUUGGAUGUAAAAAUUAAUUCUGUUGAUGACCUAAUUGUUUUGACGGAAGCCGUGGCAUAUCAAAUGCUGCAAGGAAAUUUUGACCGUGCCCUUCAGAGUAAUGUUGCCACAAUGUAUUCUAAUCUCAAGCUUUAUGGGGCUCAGCUCGAAGCACUAUAUAAGGAUUUUCUUGACAGAUAUUUUGUUGUUUUCCGUAAUGGAUCCCAAGAUGAACGCCUCGAUAAGAAAACUCGUCUUCAUUUACUUGAACUAAUAGAAUUGCGUGCUAAACACUGGCAGGGUUCAGACUACAUGAGUCAGUAUUAUAGACACCGUGGGACACAUGCGGAGCCACUGCUGGUGCCCACUAUGGAGGGGUCAGGGUCUGGUGGCGCGGCAUCCCCUACGCUGGCUGCGCCCGCCGAGCCGCCCACACUGCUGGCCCCCGGCGAACUCAUUAAACCCUCGGGCAAGUUCCCCAAGCCAACCAAGAUCCCCGGCAAAAACUACUCCAAGGAUGAGGUCGUCAUUCGCAAUGCUGACUCUGGAAAAGUGAUGGGUAUCAAGGGCAGGCGUGUGCACAUGAUUGAGGAGCUAAGUGAUACGAUUAUAUCAUUUCAGAGAGUGAGUCCCGGGGCGAAAGAGCGUCUGGUGCAAAUCACUGGGCCGAAUGAGGAGAACGUCAAUCAUGCGAAGCACCUGAUAGGCGACACCAUCCGUCGCAACGCCUCCCCCGUCCGGCUUGAGGGUACUCUGGAACAACGAGCGCCCUCCCGCGCCUCCAUAGACUCUAACGGAUCGGACGACGCGCGCCCCAGGGAGAAGUCCCCUCACAAUGGCAACAGAACUCUCCUCCAUAGUUUCUCGACGAAUGACGCAGCUUUAGGAGAAUACAAGUAUACCGUCACGUUUGGUCAACAUUCCAUCAAAAUCACCGGGAACAAUCUGGAUCUGGUCAAGACGGCAAAGCUGGUGUUGGACGAGUAUUUCGAGAGUGCGGGGGCGUUGGAGGCAAUGGGGUUGGGGUCGGGGGACUUCUUCACCUUGUCCCAGAGACCGGCGGCCGCGCUUCUGCUACGAGAUGACGCCGCGCUCAACGGAGCUGACGAUGACGUGUUCGCCACGGACGCGCGGCCCGAAGAAGCCACUGUGGACGAGAGCGAGACCGUGCCACGCCGCCCACGUUUCUCGCGCGCCACCUCCACCGAUAAGGGCGCAGGAGGGGGCGCUCGGCAGACGUAUUCGUACGAGACGCUGGUGCAGUACGCGGACUCGCCGCUGAGCAAGCUGCCGCCGGCCGGGCUGGCCGCCUUCCCGCCCGAGCUGGCGCGCAAGAGUUGCCUGGACUUCGACAGCGUCAGCUACUUGAAGAAGGUGCGCGCGGCGGGCGGCGUCACACUAGCCCUCGACGCGCCCGACUCGCCCGAGCCCGAGUGACCCGCGAACACCCACACGCACCCACACCACACCCGCACGUCCGUACAUUCACCCGCACCCACACCAUGAACCGAUCAAUCUGUCACUCACUCUGCACUUCACACCUUGUCGCUCCUACGCCCGGGCAGCUUCGUACCGUUCAGCUUGAGGAAUGUUCCACGCGGCGCGUGUUUUAGAUCUUAUAUAUAAUAGUCGCUUAGAGCCGUCCGUCUCUAUUGACCUUAUCGUUUGCUUGUAUUUUAAUUUAACUAAUUUAUCGAACUCAUUACCUACUAAAAGUAUUAGCUCACCAAAACUAUUUAUUUAUUUAUCGGUAGACGGUUACCGCAGAGUCGUUACUCGGAAUGUCUUCGAAUAUUUUUGUGGCUUCUUGAAAAUUUUUGAAUCUUAAUAAUGAGGAUUGUGAUAUGAUAUCUCAGUAAAGACAUGUUUGUUAGUCCGUCGUUACCUCUUGAUCUCUAUAUAUCGCUUGAUAGAUGCAAUUCUUUGAAAAAAAUAAAAUGCUUAUAAACAAAAGAACAAACGAGAACGUGCAAUUCUCCGGAUCCGAAGUGCCUUGAGUUAGAUGUAUUUACCGACUGGGCCGACUGGGCCGACCGGGCUCGACCGGGCCGACCGGGCCGACCGGGCCGACCGGGCCGUCGGUGGCGCCAGUCGUCACUGAGUGAUUCCAUUUAUUUUAAGAAGAAUGCAUGCAUUUCUUAGUGUGUUUGUUUACUCAUAAUCGAUUUGUAUCUAGUGUCUAGUCCUGAAGGUAGGUGUCGAUUCUCACUAUAUCUUAAGCUUUUGAUUAUGUUCGAGGAAGCCUGCCUCGCCAGAUUUAUAUAUUAAAUCCAAAGUGUUUAAAAGUAUAAUGUGAUCGUUAUUUCAAUUGUAUUAAAUUUUAAAAGCUGUGUCCAAAACCAAAUACUAUGAUAUUGUUAUUUAAAAUUGAUUAUUUAAUAUAUUUUAUGAAUUUUAAAUCGGGCUUUCUCGUGUGACCUUGAACCAAGUAUAUGAUAAAAUUUAUAACAAAAUAUAUUCCUACGAUAUACACACUACAUAAGACUGUCGUAAGGCUCAGUACACAUUACGCGGACCGGUUUCUCGCUACUUUGGUAGUUUUUUGUUUGUUUUAACUCGUCUUAAUGAACUUGGUAGUUGCUGUAUUGAGGAGAUGCUGUCGUAUUUAUGAUAUACAGAGUUUAUAAGGUCAUUGAUCAAAGAUAUAUUUACACGAUUUAUCACGUUACAUGUAUAUUGACACAUUGAGUCGGUGCUCACUGUGACUUUAAUAAUAUUUUAUUUUAUGUUAACAAAUUUUGUUUUUUUUUUCUCGUCCAAAUUACAGAAGGCUAUAUUGUUAAAAUUUAUGAUAUACUAAAUUUCCUAAUAAA